AUGGACUCAGAGGACAUGACCCUCAUGCAAGAUGGACAAGACGAUGGACUAGUAGGGGAGUGGGAGACUGAGCCUUCAGAUGCCAGUGAAACAAUUACCAGCACCAUCCGCAAUUAUGUGGAGACACCCUUCACUAUUGCUAUCGUUGAUGUUUUUACACUACAAACAAGCACUUUUAUUCAUUGUGACACCAAUAGUCUGUCUCCUGCAAUCGACCUUAUCCGUGCUGGCUUUCUCAGUCAUGUACCAGUGUCACCCUCAGUAGCCAUCUCACUUCGUACUCUGGAGCAUUUUCGCCUCCUCCGUCUCCGCAAACCUUCAUUUAGUGUCGAGGCCUAUGUCAAGGUGAUUUGUGAUUCAUACAAGGUACCUUAUAAAUGUCGCUGGCAUACUGUACUAGCCGAUGCUUUUGAUAUGUACUUGGCCAUACUUCAGCAGGUUGAGCAGAGAGUUAACACUGCCCUCGGUUGCAGUACCUCCAGCUGGCGCAUACUCAACUCAUGCCCUCCCUGCACCUAUGAGCUGGAGGAUGAGCCCUCAUUACCAUUCACUCGCAUGUAUGUCCUGGAUGGCGGGAACUCAGCCAAACACAUGGCAGGGCUAGGAGGACGUGAGCGAGGAGACACGCGAACAUACACUGAGAGCGACUACAUCCUCCCACGUGACUUUGUUGAUAGCUUUGCCAACGAAGUUCGACCACAUCAUUCACAGGCUGCAGACCCAGUUGCGGGUGUUUCCAAUAUCAAAGAAGAAGAGGACACACACCACGAAGAUCUCAUGAUGCAGGUCAUGUCAUCCGACUGUAGCAAAAACUGGAAAGCAGCUGCUGAUGAAGAGAAGAAACACAUGUGGUCUGUCUUUGAUGAAACGGGGAUUUUUGUUUCCACUUGUCACCAUGGCCUUUUGUUAUGGGUGACAGACAUGGUCAGCAGUGGCGAACUUGCGAAAUACCCUCUUGCGAUCAUAUCCAAUGUUAUCGAUGUUCUCAGUGAGCGCACUCUGGGGGCAUAUGAUAUAGGCUGUGGGUUUCAAUCAACCAUCCGUGCAAGCCGCCUGGGUGAUGCAUUCGAGAGGCAAAAGUGCCGUAUGUGCGUUGAUGCGUUCCACGGUUAUGCACACAACUACCUAUGUCAAACGAAGAACCAUCCCAACGGAAUUGUUGGUGCGGGCAUUGAAGACUUCGGAACUAUUGAACAUUUUUUCAGUGCAUCAAAUGCUAUUGCCCCUCAAUGGGAUGAGGAUAAGUACUUGAAUCUCGGUACCAUGAUAUACAACAACUAUAUUCUCUCAACGGAGUCAAUUGCUCUUGACGAAGCAAAGCGAUCACUCGACAUUCAGGAGGGGGAUCUGAAGACUUGGCGUCAGGAGGAGAUCGAGUAUUUCGCACAUCUGGGCAAAGAGACUGAGUGGGACAUUCACGUGAUGACAUAUGUGGAACUCCUACUGAAGCUGAGAGACGCAGAAUCUCAAGCACACGACAUGACAGCCACAAGGAAACUCGAGACACAACGUCGGUACAGCGCAGAGCGUCUCGCUACAAUACAACAAGAUGUCGUUUCCAUGGAAGUGAAGAUGGGUAUCACUAACUGGUGGCAGCCUUCGUCACCUGAGUAUCAAGCAACCAUGAAGUAUACAUCAAACUAUCAGUAUCAACGUGCAUUGGACAAUCUUCAGCGCUUAAUGCACACCCACAUAUCUAAAUCCCUUCAAACUCGGUGUCAUGCUAUCCAAAAUGCUGUCAAGAUGUAUAAUGCAGCUGCUGCUGCACUAUCACCCCCUCAUCCCCAGCUUGAUUGGUCUAAGGUAUCCCAUUACAGCUUUCUUGAGGAGUUCAACCUCCUGCGAGAUACACGACAAGACGUUCAUGAGAAAAUGUGGGCCAAACCUGCUAUCCAUGCAGUGAUCCGACAAUGGCUACGGAUCAAACAUGAAGACUCUCUAUUUACCCAAUGUCUCGCCUCGCUCGCAGCUGAACAUGUUAUUGAACAUGUUGCUGUGUAUGAAUACUGCUCGCGUCGCCGUCUAAUCAACAUGCAAGUCCUUCACCGCAUUUCAAAGAUUCACUCGCUUCCAGGAUUCUCCGGCUCAAAUUCCGCAGGCAUAAGGAAAGGAUCCAGAGGGCAUACUACAGAGGAUAUUGCUCUGUCUAGCAGUGACAAAGUCGAGCACGACGAUGAUGCUGCACCCGCUGUUGAUGAAGUUGAGGAAUUGACACAGGACAUUGGUACCUUGAUAGAAUAUCUCUCAGACUUAACACUUUAUCAUUGA